AUGGAUAAUCAGAUAAAGCACGCUGUGGUGGUGAAGGUGAUGGGGAGGACUGGAUCAAGAGGUCAGGUCACUCAGGUCAGAGUGAAGUUCACGGACUCCGAUCGUUACAUCAUGAGGAAUGUCAAAGGACCUGUCAGAGAAGGCGAUGUCCUAACUCUGCUCGAGUCCGAGAGAGAAGCCAGGAGACUUCGUUGA